AUGGUUGGCAUCAUUUCAGGACUAGCGAACAUGUUCAAAGGUUUUCCGAAAGAAGAACUUGAAAUGGACAAGGCUUUAGGUCGCUGGCAUCAGAUGUACAAAUCUUCAAUCAACCUGGACGGGUCUCAAGAGAGCGUCUACUGUGAAGUCGCAUACUUCGAUAAGAACAGGGUGAUGGGUGAGGGCGGAAUGUCAAUGCUGGAGGCGUACAGAACGUCCUCGAAAGAUGGCGAGUUACACACCUUCAAAAGAGAUCUCAGUAAAUCCGGUCCUGGGGAAUACUGGAUGUUCACCGAAGACUAUUUCUAUCCAAAGCAGUUCUUCAUUUACAAACUGGGACCGGUGAAAAACGGUUUAUACGAGUAUUUCAUAGCAACGGAUUCCAACCGGCUUUCGUUGAUGGUCUUUGCUCGAGAUCCGCUCAUCUUUCAGCAGCAAUAUGAUUCGCAGGUUCAAGAACAACUGUCCAAGGGGGGAUUUGGCGGCUUUUCGUUCUGGAACAGGCCGUCGUUGAUCUAUCAGAACAUCGACUGUACGUAUCCGACGCAGAACGAGAUCAAGAUCCGUCGAACCAUGUCUAAAGUAAACGAACCCAAAAGCAGUCACGCACCCGCCACCCCACCGUUGGACAGCACACUGAAAAAAGCCGGAAAUUACGUUAAGCUUCUGUUCGGAGGCUAG